AUGCAACCCAGGUUUGGUCCGAGACACGGAGGAAAUUCACUAGGGACACGAGGCAAGAGGGAAGAAAUAUAUAAGAGUGAUAGAAGCGCCGGCGUCAUGGCUAGACCAACUCGUCCUCUUGUUGUUUGUUCUAAUUGAGACAUUGCGACCUACCACGUCGUUGCUCCAGAAGCGCUGGUCGGCCAAACUUCAACCAAUCCCGUCAACAGUUACGAAUAACCUCAGCAAGCCUCACAAGACCACCGACUUAUACAAACUUAUUUAAACAGCUAAGCAUAAGCAACUGUCUUCCAAGGCCCACAACCACCUCAUCUUUCUCCGACACGUAUUUCUAUACGCAAACAACAACAAUGUCCACCAAUGGCUCCAUUCCCACCACAAAAACUACCCUCUGGAUCUGGGCUUCCGGCCUCUACCCCCGCCGCUUAACCUACUACUUCUCCGCGAAACGACUCCCCCUCUCCAUUCUCAAAGCCCACAAUAUCCACCUGAUCCCCAUAACCUCGGACCCUGAAACCCAUGAACUCACCCCCAAACCUGGUUUCGAAGACCGGCCCGCUGGAUGCACUCUGCCUGUCCUGCGCAUCGAGAAGCCUGGCCAGGAACCGACCAUGAUCUACGAAUCCUGCGCAAUAAUGGAAUACUUUGAAGAGAAAUUCCCUGCCCGAGACGGGUAUGUGGAAUUGCUUGGUAACACGCCGGAGCAGCGGGCAAGGACGAGGGAUAUACUCCUUCUCUUAAACGAUGCGAUUACCUGGGCAAAUGUUGCAGCGCGACACGCGGAUCCGAGGUCGACUGCCUGGUCCGGCAUGACGCCAGAGGAGCAAGCGCCGCUCGCGGCGAAGGACGCGAAUCGAGUCCUGCAGACAAAGUUUUUGGCGAAGCUGGAGAAGUGGGUACAGGGAGAUGUUGGAGUGAAGAAGUGUUCGAGUUUGAGUGGGGAGGGGAUAGAAGUUAGCGUUGCCGAUGUUGCGGUUCUGGCCGGGGUGAAGUAUGUGGAGGUAAGGAUGGGGAGGAAUUGGGUGGAAGGAUAUAAGGCGUUGGGAGAUUGGGUUGAGAGGGCGAAGAAAUCGGAGUGGUUUGUGGAGGAGGAGGAAAUUUUGAAGAUAGAGGCCGAUGAGGAUGGGUUGAAUAGGUUGUUUGUACAGUGAGGAUAUGAUAAGGAGGAAUUAGAAUGCUUCCUGGGAUAGAAAAGAGGUACGAAGGCUGUCCAGCACGGGCGAGUAAUGACAACAGCAAUAUGGAAAGCGUAGCCGUAGACUACUCACAUGAGG